AUGCACCUCACCACGUGCCUCUCCGCCAUCACGGCGGUCCUCACGAUGAGCCUCCCUACUGCUCUAGCAAACGACCAUAAACUGAGCCACGACUGCAGCAUGUACCACGACGGCGCAAAGCGCUGUGCGUAUUAUCUCGGUUCCGUACAGAUUUGCGAGGGAGGUAAUUGGAGGUUCUGGGAAGGUUGCAACGGCAGCUGGUAUUGUGGUGAUUAUGAUGGGCUGGGGGUCAACGUCACAUGUAUUCCUGAUGAGUAUUACUGGGAGGAGCAUGGGUUGAAGCCAAGCGUAGAGCCUUAUCAGUGA